AUGAAAAUGCUUACAAAGUUCGAAUCUAAGUCCACCAGGGCGAAGGGCCUUGCAUUCCACCCGUCGAGGCCGUGGGUUUUGGUGGCGCUUUUUUCGUCGUCAAUUCAGUUAUGGGACUAUCGCAUGGGGACACUUUUGCAUAAGUUCGAGGAUCACGAGGGACCGGUGCGAGGCAUCGACUUCCAUCCAACGCAGCCUCUUUUCGUGUCUGCCGGCGACGACUAUACCAUCAAAGUGUGGUCGCUCGACACCAAAAAGUGCCUGUUCACUUUGAAUGGACAUUUAGACUACGUCAGAACCGUGUUUUUCCAUCGUGAGCUUCCAUGGAUCAUUUCGGCCUCAGACGAUAACACAAUCCGUAUCUGGAACUGGCAGAACCGUAAGGAAAUCGCGUGCUUGGCUGGGCACAGUCAUUUCGUGAUGUGCGCGGAUUUCCACCCCAAGGAAGACUUGGUAGUGUCAGCGUCCCUGGAUGAAACCGUGAGGGUUUGGGACAUCUCUGGCCUACGUAAAAGACACUCGGCUCCUAGCUCGUACUCGCUCGAAGAACAAAUGGUUGCGCAGCAAAAUCUGCUCGAAGGCGGAUUUGGGGACUGUGUGGUCAAAUUUAUCCUUGAAGGUCACACUAGAGGUGUCAACUGGGCCAGUUUUCACCCCACAUUGCCGCUAAUUGUAUCUGGUGGGGACGACCGUCAAGUGAAACUAUGGAGGAUGAGCUCCACCAAGGCCUGGGAGGUCGACACUUGCAGGGGUCACACCAAUAACGUCGAUAGUGUCAUUUUCCACCCUCAUCAGAAUCUCAUCAUUUCUGUGGGCGAAGAUAAGACAAUUCGGGUUUGGGACCUUGACAAAAGAACUCCCGUGAAGCAAUUCAAGCGGGAGCACGACCGCUUUUGGCUAGCUAGAGCUCAUCCAAACAUCAACCUCUUCGGUGCUGCCCAUGACUCCGGUAUCAUGGUUUUCAAAUUGGACCGUGAAAGACCUUGUAGCGUCAUUUAUCAGAACCAAUUGAUUUUUGUCAACAAGGAGAAGCAAGUACAGACCUUCGAUUACCACAAAAAAAUCGUGUCUUUACCAUACGCAUCCCUGAAGAAGAUUGGCCACACUUGGAAUGCUUUCAGAAGCAUAUCCUACAGUCCAUCUCAGCACUCGGUUUUGGUCAAUUGCUCGGACAACCAAAGUGAGAAGUUCGCAUUGUGCGUCUUGCCCAAGCAACCCACAGGUGCGGUGGAGCCUACUUCUAUCAUUGAAGACACCGGAUCUUUCCCAACAUUCGUAGCCCGUAAUAGAUUUGUUGUUUACAACAGCUCUAGUUCAGUUUUGGAAGUGCGCGGCUUGGAUAACAAAAUCACCAAGACGAUCAAGAUUGAAAACGACAGCACCGUCAAAGAUGUUGUUUACGGAGGUCCCGGUUCUGUGCUGGUGUUGAAAUCGAAAUCGGUCGUUUUGUUCGAUGUUCAGCAGGCCAGAAAGGUGGCGGAAGUUGCCCUAAAAAAUGUGAAGUAUGUGAGCUGGUCUCUCGACAGUCAAUACAUUGCUCUUAUGAGCAAGCAUACCAUUACGAUAGUAACGAAAAACCUUGAAGUCAUUACAUCGAUGCAUGAAACGAUUCGUAUCAAGAGUGCAGCGUGGGACGAAAGUGGUGUUUUGAUUUACUCUACUUUGAACCACAUCAAGUACACUCUCCUCAACGGAGACAACGGAAUCAUAAAAACAUUGGAGAACACUCUCUACAUCAACAAAGUCCAUGGCAAAUUUGUCUAUGCCUUGAACCGUGAGGGCGAGGUGGAGAUUCUUACGAUUGAUCCCACCGAAUAUUGUUUCAAAAAGGCCCUGGUCAACAGAAAUUUCCCAGAGGUCUUGCGGAUUAUUCAAAACUCCAAUCUGGUUGGUCAGAACAUCAUCUCGUACUUGCAAAAAUCUGGGUUUCCAGACAUUGCCCUUCAAUUUGUACAAGAACCACAGACAAGAUUUGAUCUUGCCCUUGAGCAUGGCGACUUGAGUGUUGCUCAUGAAGAGGCCCAAAAACUUGACAACAGCGCUGCCUGGGAGCAGCUGGGACAGGCCGCAUUACAACAGGGAAACAUUGAACUGGCCGAGGCAGUCUACCAAAAUCAGAAGCAAUUUGACAAGCUUUCAUUCCUUUACUUGAUAAGUGGUGAUCUGACCAAGUUGGCAAAAAUGGAAAGUAUUGCGGAACAAAGAGGAGAUAUUUCCAGCGUCAUUCUCAACACUAUCUACAACAAAUCCAACGAGAAGAGAGGAGAGAUUUUCGCUCAAGGCGGCUCAUUGCCAUUAGCUUAUGCAAUUGCUAAGGCUAAUAAUCAAGAUAGCAAUGCUGCCAAAAUCCUGGAAGCUGCUGGUGUAAGCGAGAACGAUGUCACACUACCAGAGGGCAUAUCUUUUGCGACCCAUUACAAAUCUCCAUUAGUACCUGAACCAGUAAAAGAAUGGCCACUAGAAAAACCUGAGCCAUCUUUCUUCGAGAAAGCGCUAGCAGGUGGAAUGGAGAAGCUGGAUAUUCAGGAAGAAGCUGAGGAUGACAUACAAUCACCUUCCAAUACUUUCGAAGCACAACAGACUGCCUUUUCAGACGAAGAGUUUGUUGCCGAGGAUGAUGGAGGCUGGGAUAUGGGCGAGGAAGACCUUGGUCUAGAAGUUGAUGUCCCAGAAACCGAGGUCGAGGAGCAACAAGUAACAAAGGCUCCUGCCGACGAAAACGAGAUGACACAGUGGACCAAAAACUCGAAAUUGCCAUACGUUCUUAUCGCUGCCGGUGCAUUUGAAGCUGCUGCGCAGGCUUUGAACAAACAGGCGGGCCUAAUCAACUUUGAGCCAUUAAGACCGCGUUUUCAUGAAAUUUACGAAAGUUGCCGAACAUACAUGUCUGCAACGCCCACAGAACUGCCUAGUAUCACAGGGCUGAUUCGCGCCAACACUGAGCUCAAUGCUCCUGAGAGUCUUUUGCCAUUUGUUGCUGGAAGUGACGUGGUCACGAAUAAAAUGAACAAGGGUUUCAGGCUUUUCAAGGCCAACAAGCUUGAAUUGGCCAUCGAGGUUUUCCGCGACGUGAUCUACACCAUCACACUGCUGGCUGUAGACAACCAAGAGGACGAAACGCUUGCGCUCAAGGCCAUGGCCAAAGCUCGCGAGUAUAUUCUGGGCAUCUCGAUUGAGCUUGCCAGACGGUCUCUGCCUGCGGAUGACGUGAAACGCAACCUCGAACUGGCUUCAUACUUCACUACAGCCAAGCUACUACCGCCUCACAGAAGCACUGCUCUGCAAGUUGCCAUGUCUCAGUCUUUCAAGCACAAGAAUUUCAUCCAAGCGUCCUACUUUGCGGGCGAGUUCCUCAAGAUCGUGACCACGGGUCCUCGUUCAGAACAGGCUCAGAAGGUUAAGGACAGAGCCGAGUUGAUGGCCAGUGAUGCCAUAGAGGUAGAUUUCGAUCCCUACGCCGAGUUCGUCAUUUGUGCUUCCACCUUCACCCCCAUUUACAACGAUACCCCAGCUGUGACUGAUCCGUUGACAGGCGCCAAAUAUCAUUCUUCCGAAAAGGGUAAGCUAGAUGUCAUUGCUUCCGUGUCCAAGAUCGGCACUCCUGCCUCAGGCCUCAGAAUUCUUUUGGCAUAA